AUGACCCUCUGGAAGGAAGCUGCCCAUCAGCUCCGGCGAGCCGCAUCAAGGACAGUCUCAGUCGACCGUCGGCAUAUCAGCGGACUUAGUGGCGCACGAAAGCAGCUCUUCCAAUCGAACAAAAUAAGCCAGGCUGUGCGACGAGAUUUAUACGUGCGAGGCAUUGCGCAGUCAAGGCGACAGUUUUCUGUCACGUCGGCUGCCGCUCAUGGCCAUAUCACUCCGCCUAAGCCGGGCGAAGAGAUAAAUGUGUCGUUUAUCGACAAGGAUGGAGAAAGAUACGACUUUCAAGUUUCCGAAGGUGAUAAUCUGCUGGACAUUGCGCAGGCAAAUGACCUGGAAAUGGAGGGAGCUUGCGGGGGUUCUUGCGCAUGCUCAACUUGCCAUGUAAUCGUCGAAGACGCAGAGCUAUAUGACCGAAUUCCCGAGCCCGACGACGACGAAAAUGAUAUGCUGGAUCUCGCCUUUGGGCUUACAGAGACAUCCCGAUUGGGAUGUCAGGUGAAGAUGAAGAAAGAUUUGGACGGAUUAGUGGUGCGAUUGCCCGCAAUGACGAGAAACUUGCAAGCAAGCGACUUCAAAUAG